AUGUCCACUGGACGGAUUGACGAUCGCUCGAGCAUCAGCACUCUCGGUCGACUGCAUGACGGGAUUCAUCUUCAGCCGCUCAAUGUCGACGAUCCAACCUCAGACGACACCAACACAGAUGGCCUCGCACUCGGGUUUGUAGAGGAAACUACUCCGGUAUUUUAUGGCGAUUCGUCAAGCAUUGUAUUCACGCGGUGUCUCCUCGAAGCCAUCGCAGUGGUUUCAAAGCCCAAGGAGAGCAAGGACACCCCGAUAAAGGCAGCAUGCGAGAGGAAUGGCGCUUCAGACCGCAAUCCCGCACCAGUGGCUCAGCCUCAGUCACCGUCAGUCGUGGAGUCGCCUAGGGACAUGGCUUCCUCGCCCACGGCACAGCCUUCGGAGGGAGAGAUGGAUGCGCUAUUGUGCACGUACUUUAGUGGCUACGGCUGUCUGUUUGCCUUCCUGCAUGAGCCCACAUUUAGAGAGACUUACAAUGAGUGCAAGGCAAAUGGCUUCGUCAAGGCUCGAAGAGGCUGGCUCGGUCUGUUGAAUAUGACAUUUGCAAUGGCUGCCCACAUCGAUCAAGCAGCAGACACCUCUGCAAAGUAUCGCUUCAAAAGGUCGUACGUUUUCUUCCAACGGGCUGUAUCUCUCUGCAGUGAGAUGUGCACGCGCACAAUCAGCCUCGACAUUGUACAAUACCUUCUGCUAGCUGCGCUAUAUCUCCAGGGGACACAGAGACCCAUCCAAGCGUGGACGGUGCAUGGGAUGCUGGUACGAACAGCGAUGGCCCUAGGCCUACAUUCUGAGAAAUCGAGUCAGGGACUCCACCCGGUGCAACAAGAAGUUCGUCGCCGUACCUGGCUUACAAUAUACUGCCUGGAUAAAAUUCAAAGCGUUCAAUGCGGACGUCCGCCAGCGAUACCGGAUGAAUACAUCGUGGUUAAGAUGCCAUCACCGUGGCCUACCACCGUGGAUACGGAACGAGACCAGGUGAAUGACGUAGACAAUCAGACCGCAUUUAUCGAUGCUACUGUGCGCUUGCUCCAAGUCGUUGGUCAGUCUAUUAGGACACAGUACGGGCAGAACCUAGGGCUGCGGGAUCAUGAGGUCGACGACAGUACGGCAAUACAGGCGGCCAGCGUGGUUCGACAGGAGCUCCGACGAUGGGCAUGUAGUUUGCCACCAUCGCUUGCUAUCUGUGGAGCUGGAUCGUGUAUUUUCUCGGAAGAGGAAAGCAGCGAGUCCAUCCGGAUGCGCGUCAUUCUCACGCUGCGGUAUCACUUUGUGAAUAUCCUAAUCCACCGCCCACUACUCUGCGCCACCCUCCGCUAUCUGACUAUCAAUGCGCCGCCGGUGGGAGCUCCAUUGCCGUAUAGAAUGCAGCUUGCAAUGGCGGAAGCCCACGAGUGCAUUCGUUCUGCGGAGGAGACAAUCGAAAUAGUCCAUACGGUUAUGAGCGGAUCCAGCCCUUCCUACACCAAGCUGGAUGUUUGGUUCUUCACUUUGUUCCACGUAUUCAACGCUGCUUUGAUAAUCAUCGGGCGUUCCGUUUUGGAACAACAUAGGGUCUAUGUCAACGACGGUGCCUCAUCUGCAAGCUCGGCCCAGUACUACCUCAACCAAUCCGUAGAGGCUCUCGAUAAGCUCGAUAUUGAAAACCGCUUGGUACGCAACUGCGCCAAGGUUAUUAGGCGGCUUGCCCAGCCCCAGAAUGGCAAAGGCGAGGGCCCUACCCCUGCCGAGCAAUAUCCUCCUGUAAACCACCAUAUAGUUCAAUUUGAAAACGAGGGAGACCUGUCGUCCUUGGGGCUUCCAUCCCUUUCCGACCUGGACAUCGUCCAGUUCUCGAGCGGCGAGAUGAUGGGCAACGGGUUUGGCGAAACGUCCUUGAGCUUGGACCAGCUAUACUCUGACUAUUAG